AUGGGAUUUGAUGUUACCACAUUCUAUCAACUUCUCAAUAGUGGUUUCACUGAUAAGUGGAACUCCACCCCAAUUCCCCGUGCUAAUGUAUCCAGCCAGGGUCAGCCUCGUAUUGAAGCCAGUUCCCUUGAUGCUGCAGGUGCACUGGGGCUCACACUGCACUUCCUCAGCUCAGCAAUGCAAGAAAUCUCACUGCAACAAUUUUUUGCACUCAUACCCACAACUGUCAACUGGCACCUUGAUUUUGCACUUGAUAUCCUCCUUCAGACUCUCUGUAACAUGCCUGAAAAUGCAAUUCACUUUCCUGACCAUAAUGAAAUCAUUGAGGACAAUUUGUUGAUUCAUGCUUGUCAUCCAAAACUUGUGGGGGGCUUUGCCAGCAUUGAUGGGCUUAGUCUUCCAUGUCAAGAGGCUGAUGAUCCUGAAGUCAAUAAUGCCACUUACAACGGAUGA